AUGGAGCUGGGAAAGGCAAAACUGCUGAGAACUGGCCUCAACGCUUUAUAUCAAGCCAUCCACCCCAUGCAUGGAAUUGCCUGGACAGAUGGGAAGCAAGUGAUGCUGACUGCUUUAUACUAUCAUAAUGGAGAGCUAAGGUUUGGAGACUCGAGUGUUGUUGGUCAAUUUGAACACGUUCAUGGGCUUUACUGGGGCCCAUGUUGCUCUACAGACACCCCAGCUCUGCUUGCUGUUCAGCAUAAAAAGCACGUUAGCGUUUGGCAGCUGGGCUACAGCACUGCAGAGAAGAACAAACCCUUGAUUUCUCAGACUUGUGAAGUUGGUGAGCCAUUUCCAGUGCUUUCCCAGGGCUGUGUCUGGCAUCCGAAGAAGGAGGUCUUGGCUGUGCUUACAAAAAGAGAUGCUUCAGUCUUGCAUGCUGUUCGCACUGACAAUACUAGAGUUAAGGCAGAUAUCAAAAGCAGUGGGCUCAUCCACUGUGCUUGCUGGACUAAAGAUGGUAAUCGUUUAGUAGUUGCUAUAGGCAGUGCCCUGCAUUCUUACAUAUGGGAUGAUGCUCAGAAAACUCUAAAUACCUGCUCCUUUUGCCCGGUCUUUGAUGUAGGAGGUUAUAUCUGUGCUAUAGAAGCCACACUGGAUUUCCAAAUUGCUGUAGCUACUGAGCUUCCUUUAGAUAAUAUCUGUGGUUUGAAUGCAGGCAUUGCAUUUGAUAUGCCAUCUGGUACAGAAACUGGUUCUUCAAUCUCACAGUCUUCUCUGGUGCUUGGUGAUGAGGAAUACUCCCUGGACCUGCGGAGAAAGUCCACAGAUUCAGACAGAUCAUGUGUUGAUUCAGUUGCUUCUUCUUCGUCAGGUCCUGUGGAUUUAACCCACAUCCUUGCAAACCACCGUCGGUCUGAUCCUGGUCCUCUUAUUACUCUGAAACGCAAAGACUCUGCAGCAACAAAUGGUCAAGAUUCUUCUCACUUGAUCUUGGUGACUUUUGAGAGGAAGGUAACCACCACCAGAAAAGUCACCAUCCCAGGUAUUCUGGUUCCUGAUAUAAUGGCUUUUGACCUUAGAGCUCAGAUAGUGGCAGUAGCCUCUAAUACUUCUAACAUUGUUUUGGUGUAUUCAGUAAUGUCUUCUUGCAUGCCUCAUAUUCAACAAAUCCAGCUGGAAAAAAAUGAAAGACCAAAGGGCUUAUGCUUUUUGACAGAUAAACUCCUAUUGAUUCUGAUCGGGAAGCAAAAGUUCCCUGAGCCUAGUCUCAUUCCAUCUUCAAGUUCAGACAGGUAUGUAAUGCGUCUGAUGAUCAAAGAACUCAUGCUGGAAGAAGGUUCUUCAGCAUUGCCUGAGACUAAGCAGAAUAUGAUUUAUAACUUUGAAUCUUCUGUGAAUAUUCCUGGAAGAAGGAAGUUCUUUGAAAAUCUUGCUACAGAAGACCAACCUCAAAGCAGGGAGCUGUUAACACCAAGAAAAACAGUUAUUAAAUCUCCUAGUGGCAGGAGAAGACUUAUCGAAGAAGGAAAGACCCCUAGUUAUGAGCAGAGCUCUUCAUCAAGUGUGAGUGACCUGGAUGAAAAAAAGCUCCCAGGUGACCCCUCAGUGGCCUUGGAAGCACUGGAUGCUGAACCCACCAAUCGUUCAGUGUCUCUUCUUUCCAGCAGACCAACUUCCCCUAAAGUGCAGUUCAGUGUGAUCCAAGAAACAUCAAGUUCUAAACUCAACAUUUUGCCGACUGAAAGAGGAAUGAGUCACAUAUCUAGAAAUUUAGAGAGACUUUGUGGCAGCUUCAAUGAGUUACAACUGAGUCUUUCUGAAAUAACGGAUUUUGCUAAAAACGGGAGGAGGAUAUCUUUAGCCUAUCCAUGUUCACAGGAGCCACCUGUCGUUCAUAUCACUUACCAGAAAAGUUUUUCAAAUGGAGCAGUUACGGAAGAAACAAAAGAUGUUCUACUCUGUGAUGGCAAGAUCCAUUUGAAUUUAGUCCAGCAGCUGUUUGAUCUUCCUGUUAUUGAAAUGAAACAUGGCUCUUCUUGGAUUGUGCUCACUGCAGACAAGGACGGCUUUGUGCCAUUAAUAUUCAAAGCAACACAAGAGAUAAUAAUAAGGGAUGGAACUGACAGUUCAGAAGUCUGUGGAGGUCACUCCUACAAAAAAAACGUUCCAAUGCGACCACCAAGCAGAGUGACAUAA